CCUGUGGUUCUCAGGAAGAGUUGGAGGGCUAUGAGCUAUGCACUCACUUCAGCUCCAGGAGCCCUACGCAUGCACCAAGACUUGACAUAGCCUGGUCUACACUGAUAGCCACCGACCGCCAUGCUCAAGAAAUGGAUAUGCACCCACAAAAUCCAAAGAGGCUGCCUUAGGGCUGAGUAGGUAGGAGCAGGUGCUACUGGUUCUGCGGAACACCCUGCCAUGUGUUCUCAAGCUUGGAUCCUGACCGGGACCCUGGGCAGAGUGUAAACAGAGGCUACUACCGUGAGAACUGAGGGGCCUUCUUUUCAGGGCUGUCCUUUAGCAGGAUGGCUGAAGAUGCUGAGUGAAUGGCACAGCCAGCGCUAGGAAUGUAAUUUGGUGUGAGCCAUCUGUCUUCUGUAGGUCAUUCUAUAGGGAACCAUGUCAUUCCCCAUCCUUCAUGGGGUCUGAACGUUUUCAAAAGGCUCACAGGGAGGUGUGGGGAGGGGGGUCUAGAGGUGGGAGCACAGUCAGAAGUGCUCCUUGAACUCUGGGAGGCCUUGGUGAGCUGGUUUUUGAGCCUUGCCAUGACUGAACUAGUCCCGGUUGGUCCAUCUGCAACUAAGUAGGAAGCUUUCAAAAUUCUUUCUCCCAAGGGCUCUGAAGAACAAGUGCCCCUGAGUUCCCCACAAUCUCCUUAGCCAGGACUAUUUGUUUACAAAUGAAGUUCUUAAGAAGCCAGGCAUUGAGCGGGGCGGGGUAAAAGAGACAUUGUCUUGAGUGAGGGGAUGCUGGGAAGCUGACAGAACGUUGAAGACAGAAAUGCAGACGCUCUCCCCAAAUGCUUCAACAGGCCUCUUGUCCUGCAAUGACAGUGAGUUCAAGGAGCACUUUGACCUUGAGGACCUGAACCUUACUCAUGAGGACCUGAGGCUGAAGUACUUGGGGCCACAGCAGGUAAAACAAUUUUUGCCCAUCUGUGUCACGUACCUGUUGAUCUUCGUAGUGGGCACUCUGGGCAACGGGUUGACCUGCACCGUCAUCCUGCGCCAGAAGGCAAUGCACACGCCCACCAACUUCUACCUCUUCAGUCUCGCGGUGUCCGAUUUGCUGGUGCUCCUGGUGGGCUUGCCCCUGGAACUUUAUGAGAUGCAGCACAAUUACCCAUUCCAGCUGGGUGCAGGUGGCUGUUACUUCCGGAUACUGCUUUUGGAGACUGUCUGCCUGGCUUCAGUGCUCAAUGUCACAGCCCUAAGUGUGGAGCGUUAUGUGGCCGUGGUGCACCCACUCCAAGCCAAGUCUGUGAUGACACGGACCCAUGUGCGCCGCAUGUUGGGAGCCAUCUGGGUCUUCGCUAUUCUCUUCUCUCUGCCCAACACCAGCUUACAUGGCCUCAGUCCACUCUAUGUACCCUGCCGGGGGCCGGUGCCCGAUUCAGUUACGUGUACGCUGGUGCGUCCCCAGUUCUUCUACAAGUUGGUAAUACAGACGACCAUACUGCUCUUCUUCUGUCUGCCCAUGGUCACCAUCAGUGUGCUGUACCUGCUCAUUGGGCUGAGGCUGCGGAGGGAGAGGAUAUUGCUCCAAGAGGAGGUCAAGGGCAGGAUAUCUGCAGCAGCCAGGCAGGCCUCCCACAGAAGUAUUCAGCUUCGAGAUAGGGAACGCAGACAGGUGACCAAGAUGCUAAUUGCUCUGGUUAUAGUAUUUGGCACCUGCUGGGUUCCAUUCCAUGCUGACCGUCUCAUGUGGAGUAUGGUGUCCCAUUGGACUGACGGCCUGCGCCUGGCCUUCCAGUCUGUGCACCUUGCUUCUGGUGUCUUCUUGUACCUCGGCUCAGCGGCUAACCCGGUGCUCUACAACCUCAUGUCCACUCGCUUCCGAGAGUCCUUCCGGGAAACCCUGGGCCUUGGGACACGGUGCUGUCAUCGCCACCAACCGCGUCACGACUCCCAUAGCCACCUUAGGUUGACCACAGUCAGCACCCUGUGUGACAGGAACAGCAGGGAUGUACCCCUGGCUGAGAACAGGGAUCCAGGGUGUGAGCAAGAGACAGACCCUCCUGAAUAAAAUCCUGUGGCCUCACCCACAGGGCCAGAGGGCCUCAGACACUCCGGGGGCUACUGGGAUAAGCUUAGAAAGGGAUUUCUGCCCUGCCACAUAUUUGAGUGUUGAGGGAAACAGCAAGAAAAAGAGAAUUGAACCCCAGUUGCCAAAGACUUGCGUUAAAGGCCUGAAAAGGUGACUCUGCAGUUAAGAAAGCUUGUAGCUCAUCCAGAGGACCCGAGUUCAGGUCCCAGCACCCACAUGGCAGCUUACAACCACCUGUAACUUCAGCGCUAGGCCCUCUGACACUCUCUCUUGGCUUCUGAAGGCAUCUACCACAUGCACAUGGCACAUAGCACACACCCAUAUAUUAAAAAGACCCGGGAUUGGGGAUUUAGCUCAGUGGUAGAGUGCUUGCCUAACAAGCGCAAGGCCCUGGGUUCGGUCCCCAGCUCUGAAAAAAAAAAGAAAAGAAAAAAGAAAAACCCACAUUGAUGGGCUCAGUGGUUAAGAGCACUGACUGCUCUUCCAGAGGUCCUGAGUUCAAAUCCCAGCAACCACAUGAUAGCUCACAACCAUCUGUAACGAGAUCUGAAGCCCUCUUCUGGUGUGUCUGAAGACAGCUACAGUGUACGUAUAUAUAAUAAAUACAUACAUAAAUAAAUCUUAAAAAAAAAAGACCCACAUUGAACCAGAUAUAUGCUGUAUGUUCCUCCAAACCCAUCACAGUUACAUAGGGCUUAGCCAUUAUUCCCCCGGGGAUCCCUCUUUCCUCUCAAGCUCAUACAUGUUUCCAUUGGAAACCUACCUGUCAUUCUAGUAGUUUCUGAACUUCCAUAGGCUCUCCAGCCCUUGCACUAUACUUAAGACGGUCUUCCCACCAUGACCUUUCCUGGCACUCCUUCUGCACUGAGAUCUGGGCCUGAUCAAGCUGCCAGGUGGGCAGGGGUUCCAGGGGACCUGAAUGUGAUCUCUGCCUUUGUCACCAUGUUGCUUUGUGGCAACAAGAAAAUCACCCUGGCUCUCUAAGAGGCCUUGGUUCCUUGCUCGCCCAUGUCACCUUCUGAAGGAACCUUGCUGUGUCGUCUGUGUGUACCACAAUGGCUUCGGCUUAUCUGCAUCACUCCCAGACCCCACUUUCUCUCUGACCUUCUCAUGGUCCUGCUCCAAGCUGUCAAGGGCAGGUCCUUUGCUUGUCCUGAAACAGACAGGGCCAACCUAUGAGCAGUGCACUCCUGGCAGCCCGCAGACAGGCUGACCUGGCUGCCCCGGUGAACACAUGCUAGAUCCUGUUAGCCAGGGGAUAUAUCUGGAAGAAGUAGCAGCUACCGUGAGGACCAGAAGUGGCUGUGCAGAGACGGUGUGUUGGUUAAUCUGUGUCAGCUUGACAGAAACUAGAGUCACCUGAGAGAAGGAACAUCAGCUGAGGAUUUACAUCUAUCAUACUGACCCGUGGACAUGUAUGUGAGACAUUUUCAUGAUUAAUACCUGAUGUCACAGGACCCCACCCACGGUGGGUGGUGCCACUUCUGGGAAGGUGGUCCCAGGUUGUCUAAGAAAACAAGCUAAGUGAGCAAUGAGGAGCGAGGGAGCCAGAGAACCAGAUUCCACCCCACCCCCACCCCCGAGUGCUUCUGCUCCAGUUCCUGCCUUAGUUUCCUUUGAUGAUGGCCUGUAAGUGGAAUAAACCCUUUCCUCACCAA